AUGAAGCCCUCCAUCGUCUUCCUUGCUUUCUGCGCCUACGUUGUCCCCACGUUCGCCGCCCCCACACCCAUCACUGCAGGAGUCACCGACCUCAACAAGCCCCGCUGCGACGAGAACGAGCACAAGAACGGCACCACCGUUGCCUCUCCCAACCAAAGCGCCGGCUACGACCACCCCUCCAAGCCCACCACCGACCCGUUCACCGGCUCAAACACCACCUCGGGCUCAGGCCACCCCAACAAGGGCGACGACGACAAGGACAAGGACCACCCCCACGGCGGCCCGAGCGCUCCUACCACCCCUGCAACCCCCACCCAGGCUGGCGGCACCGCCGCGAGCCCCGCUACCGACGUAGCAGCUGCCACCACCGCCGCCACUACCCUCGCGGCGACCAACACUCCCAAUGUUGGCGUGCCCGUCAAGUCGGGUGUGAGCUCUGGUGCCACCGGCACUAACGGCUCUACCGGCUCGGGCUCGGGCACGGACACCACGAGCAGCGGCCCGAGCGGCUCGGCCCCUGCCACUGCGAACGGCGGUACCGACGCCUCGGGCACCACCUCGUCGGGCACGACUGCUUCCGGCUCGACGUCGUCUGGCUCUGACUCGUCCGCCACGACCACUGGCGAUGACAACGAUGACGAUGAUGACGAUGACGACGACGACGACUUUACUGAUGCCGAAGACGCUGGCUCCGACUCGGACGACGACGACGAGUCGGGCUCGACCGACACCACAACCGGCGGCACCGCCGCGUCGGGUACCGCUGGCGGCAGCACGACCACCCCCGCAACUACGGCCGGCUCGGGCGACAGCCCGGCCGUGACUGGCUCCGACGCCAGCCCGGCCGACACCACCGAAGACGACGACAACACCGAAGAUUGCUCCGACGAUGAAGAGGACGGCGAUGACGACAGCGGAGGCGACGACGACGAAGAAGACGACGACGAAGAGAAUGAUGAUGAGAACGACGACGAUGAUGACAUUGACGACGAUGACAAUGAUGACAAUGACAAUGACAACGACAACAACGACGACUCGGGCGUCACGGGUACCACCACGACGGGCACGGGCUCUGGCUCGGGCUCUAGCUCGGCUUCUGGUUCCUCCUCGAGCGGCACGACUACCUCCGCCUCGGGCGGUGCCGCUGGCUCCACCUCCACGUCGACCGGCUCGGACUCGACCGCCGCCACGACGGGCUCCGGCUCGUCCGGCGAUGGCUCGAGCUCGUCCGGCACGGCUACCACGACGACGGACGGUGGCGACGACAACGACGACGGCUCCGACGAUGGCUCCGACGACGGCGAUGACGACGACAGCGACGAUGGCUCGGACGACGGGUCAGACUCCGACUCCAGCGCCUCCACCGUCGUCGCCGCUGGCGCCGGCACCGCGGCUGGUUCCGCCGCGGGUGCUGCCGCUGGUGCCGCUGCUGGUACAGGUGGCGUCGCUGGCUCCGCUGCUGGUGCUGGCGGAGUCGCGGCCGGCUCGUCCGCCGGCGGUGCUUCUGGCACCGCUGGUGGCGCGGGUGCGGGCGCGGCUGCGCCUGCCACGGGUGGCGCUGCUGGCGUAACUGCUGGCGGUGCCGCUGGUGGUGCUUCGGCCUCGGGCACUACGACUACUGCUGCUUCGGGCGAUGACGAGGACGAGGGCUCUGACUCGGACUCUGACUCGGACGACGGCGACGACGGUGAUGACGAUGGCGAGGAUGAUGGCGACGACGACUCUGGCGACGACGGCAGCGACCCUACCCCUGCCUCUGGCGCCACAGCCUCUCCUGGCACCGCCACCGUCGGUGCCCCCGCUGCUGGUACGCCUGCCGCCGCACCCCCUGCUUCUACCCCUGCUACUCCGGCCACCCCCGCCGCUGCUCCCCCUGCCAACUCUCCGCCUGCGACCUCAGGCUCUGACGCGUCGGGAACGACUACCCCCGCCGGCGACGACGAGGGCGACGACGAGGGCUCGGACUCGGACUCUGGCUCGGACUCCGAUGAUGACGACGAGGACGACUCGGACGACGGCAACGACGAUGCUGGCGCAACGACUACCGCGCCCGUGGUCUCGUCUUCCGGCACCCCCGCCACGCCUGCUGCCCCUGUCUCUGGCGGCGGCGGAAGCGGCGCUUCCUCCGGCACCACGACCACCUCGACCGCCACGAACGGCAGCACCUCGAUCACCGUGAUCCACCACCACCACUACCACUGCCGCCCCAAGUUUGGCUCGUCGGGCAACACGACGAGCAUCUACCGCCCGUCUGGCUGGCGCCAGGGCGGCAAGGGCGGCUGGCGACAGGACGGCGACGUGAGCGCGUGGAACGCCACUACCACGAUCACGACGACCGCUGCCUCCGACUCAGCCGGCGUCACCGAGGCCAACUACGGUGACGAUGCCGACGACAACGACGACGAGGAGUACGACACUGCCGACGAGGGCGACGACAGUGAGGACGAGGGCGACGACGAGGAGCAGUAA